UCUGUCACAUUUCACCUGAGAAGCUUGCUUCACCCAGUCUACCACUUACAACCUCCUAAACCUGACCAACAUGGGCCUGACUAACGAUCCUAACUACCAGAAACUGGAGCAAUGGUACAAAUCCAACGCUGGAACCUUGAACAUGAGGCAGAUGUUCGAUGCGGACAAGGACAGGUUCUCAAAAUUCAGUAUGAACCUUAAAACAGAUGAUGGAGACAUACUUUUGGAUUAUUCAAAAAAUCUUAUUAAUGAAGACGUGAUGAAGAUGCUGUUUGCCAUGGCAAGGUCAGUGGGAGUGGAGGCAGCGAGAGAUCAGAUGUUUUCUGGUCAGAAGAUCAAUUUCACUGAGGGCAGAGCUGUCCUUCAUAUUGCACUGAGGAAUCGUGCUAACACUCCCGUCAUGGUAGAUGGAAAAGACGUAAUGCCUGAAGUGAACAAAGUUCUGGAGAAAAUGAAAAACUUCUGCCAUAGAGUCCGCAGUGGAGAGUGGAAAGGAUUUAGUGGUAAAGCUAUCACUGAUGUUGUGAACAUUGGCAUUGGAGGAUCUGACCUGGGUCCUCUAAUGGUGACAGAAGCUCUGAAGCCAUACUCUAAAGGCGGUCCAAAUGUCUGGUUUGUGUCCAACAUUGACGGCACGCAUAUGGCCAAGACUUUGGCUCAGCUGAACGCAGAAACCACGCUUUUUAUUAUUGCAUCCAAGACUUUUACUACCCAAGAAACCAUCACAAAUGCUGAAUCUGCCAAGGAGUGGUUCCUAAAAACUGCCAAGGAUCCCUCAGCUGUGGCCAAACAUUUUGUGGCUCUUUCAACCAAUGCACCAAAAGUGAAAGACUUUGGUAUUGACACUGAGAACAUGUUUGAAUUCUGGGAUUGGGUUGGUGGGCGCUACUCGCUGUGGUCGGCUAUUGGUUUGUCAAUCGCAGUGCACGUAGGCUUCGACAACUUUGAGCAGCUUCUUGCUGGUGCCCAUUGGAUGGAUAAGCACUUCUGCUCAGCUCCACUGGAACAGAAUGCACCUGUACUGCUGGCACUGCUGGGCAUCUGGUACAUCAACUUCUUCCAGGCUGAGACUCAUGCCAUGUUGCCCUAUGACCAGUACAUGCAUCGCUUUGCAGCUUACUUCCAGCAGGGUGAUAUGGAGUCAAAUGGAAAGUACAUCACCAAAAAUGGAUCUUGUGUGAACUACCACACUGGACCCAUUGUAUGGGGAGAACCAGGGACCAAUGGCCAGCAUGCCUUUUACCAGCUUAUUCACCAAGGGACCCGCAUGAUUCCAGCUGACUUCCUCAUUCCUGCUCAGACUCAACAUCCAAUCAGGGAUAAUCUUCAUCAUAAGAUCCUGAUGGCCAACUUCCUGGCACAAACAGAGGCUCUGAUGAAGGGCAAAACUUCAGAUGAGGCCAGAAAGGAGUUGGAGGCUAGCGGCAUGAGUGGUGACGCUCUGAAUAAACUCCUGCCUCAUAAGGUCUUCGAAGGAAACAAGCCAAGCAACUCAAUCAUUUUUAAGAAGUUGAGUCCUUUCAUGCUGGGAGCACUGGUUGCCAUGUAUGAGCACAAAAUCUUUGUUCAAGGAGUGAUGUGGAAUAUCAACAGCUAUGACCAAUGGGGUGUGGAACUGGGAAAACAGUUGGCUAAGAAGAUAGAACCUGAGCUGCAGGAUGAUUCUGAGGUCCACACUCAUGACUCCUCCACCAAUGGGCUUAUCAGCUUCUUCAAGAAAAAUCGUGCAUAAGUGACCCAGAUGCAUCUUUUGCCUCACCUCAGUGAUUGAAUCAAUGGAUUGUGUAUUAUUGAUACAGUAUAGCCAUAACUGAAGAGAGAGCACUUUACAUGUCCAUUGUUUAUUGACUGUGUUUUGUGAGCUAUAACUGUAAUAACAGAACUGUUAGCCAGUAAGAAAAUGUUUAUGUUCCAUGUGCUGCAAAUAUUGUUGCUGUAACCCCAUCCUCACCCUUCUUUUCACCCUCUACCCUUUGCUUGGACACUGACUGACCAAAAUAAAUGUUUAGUUUAUAA